UUUAUAUAAGCAAUAGUUAAACAUGUGUUAUAAACAUUAGUUGGGAAAACCUUAAGGCCUUGAAAAUCAUCAAUAAAUCACAGCAAUGAGCAGCAACAAUGGCAACGAACAGUCGCAACAGCAGCAGGUGCCAGCAGCAACAGCAACAGCAACAACAGUUGCAACUACAGCUGCAGCAGCAGCAACAACUGCCCAACCGGAGGCUAUUGCAGCUGGAUCCGGAUCAGGAUCACAGGUUUCGCGACCUGCAACAGCACCAGCUCGCUCCAGCAACAACAACAACAACAAUGCCACCAGCAGCACCACCACCACCUUCUACAGGGUCAAUCUGAGCAACACGAACAGCAGCAACAUCAACAACAACACCAGCAGCAGCAGCAGCAAUGCUAACCAGGCCAGCAACAACAACCACCAUGAGAGCAGCAGCAACAGCAACACCACCUUGGUGGUCAACACCAGCAACACCGCAGCGGCAACAUCAGCCGGAGGAGCAACUGCAGCAGCAGCAACAUCGGCCACCAACAACAACAACCACAUCUAUGUGAAUCCACACAGCUACGACAGCAGCACCACUGGCAGCGUGAGUGGUUCCACGGCGGUGAUGUUGCCACUGCCCCUCAGUCUGCCCCUCAACCUGCAACACCAGCCAGCGGCAGCAACAGGGGGAGGAGCAGCAGCAGCAACACUCGAUGCCCAGCAGCAACAUCCACUGGGUGGCAACACCAACAGCAACAGCAACACGGGAGCCAUAAGUCGCAUUGGAACCCUCACGGGAACCGGCACCUCCACCUCCACCACCCUGAGCACCCUGAACACAUAUCUCUUUCCCUGCGGCGCCGAUUCGGCGGCCAGUAGCUGCGAUCUGGACAGCAACUUCAGCCAGAUGCUGGGAGCCGGCAGCGAGGGUGGAGCGAGCAGUUCCCUCAGUCAGGUGACAGCGCCAGUGGGAGCUGCCACGGUUUCGGGAUCGGGAUUGGGUCUGGGUGUCCAACUGGGACUGGGUUUCAUCAACAGUCGACGGCGCAUACGUCGACUCUUUGGAGUGGGUGAAGUAAUGCCGGCGGUGGCCACGCCCACACCCUAUGCAGCCGCCCUGAGACGUCGCAGUUCGCAGAUAGUUCAGAUGACCAAGAAGCGGGAAAAGGAGCUGGAGGAUCUGGAGCAGCAGCAGAGGAUAGCCACGGUGGCCUCGGCGAAUGCCGCUUUCCUCGAGCGCCGCGAGCAGCAGCAACAGCAGCAGCAGCAGCAACUCCAACAGCAACAUCAGCAGCACCAGCAACAUCUGCAGUUCGCCUUCAAUCCGUUGCAACUGGAGGCCGGGAAAAAGAAGAAAAAGAAACCACCUGGACCGCCGGCCCACACGCGACAGCAAAACUCGCGCACCAUGGACGAUCCCAUGAUGAAUCGACCCCGGAAGAGCACGCCUGCGGCCAGCAAGAAGAAGGACAAGGGACCCGAGAACCCCUAUGAGAAGUCUUUGCCCAAAUUGAGCAGUCAAGACGAAGAAGGGGGGGCUGGUCAUGGCUUUGGUGGCGGACCGCAACACUUUGAACCCAUUCCUCACGAUCAUGAUUUCUGCGAAAGAGUCGUUAUAAAUGUAAGCGGAUUAAGGUUUGAGACACAACUACGUACGUUAAAUCAAUUCCCGGACACGCUGCUUGGGGAUCCAGCUCGGAGAUUACGGUACUUUGACCCGCUUAGAAAUGAAUAUUUUUUUGACCGUAGUCGACCGAGCUUCGACGCGAUUUUAUACUAUUAUCAGAGUGGUGGCCGACUACGGAGACCGGUCAAUGUCCCUUUAGACGUAUUUAGUGAAGAAAUAAAAUUUUAUGAAUUAGGUGAUCAAGCAAUUAAUAAAUUCAGAGAGGAUGAAGGCUUUAUUAAAGAGGAAGAAAGACCAUUACCGGAUAAUGAGAAACAGAGAAAAGUCUGGCUGCUCUUCGAGUAUCCAGAAAGUUCGCAAGCCGCCAGAGUUGUAGCCAUAAUUAGUGUAUUUGUUAUAUUGCUAUCAAUUGUUAUAUUUUGUCUAGAAACAUUACCCGAAUUUAAGCAUUACAAGGUGUUCAAUACAACAACAAAUGGCACAAAAAUCGAGGAAGACGAGGUGCCUGACAUCACAGAUCCUUUCUUCCUUAUAGAAACGUUAUGUAUUAUUUGGUUUACAUUUGAACUAACUGUCAGGUUCCUCGCAUGUCCGAACAAAUUAAAUUUCUGCAGGGAUGUCAUGAAUGUUAUCGACAUAAUCGCCAUCAUUCCGUACUUUAUAACACUAGCGACUGUCGUUGCCGAAGAGGAGGAUACGUUAAAUCUUCCAAAAGCGCCAGUCAGUCCACAGGACAAGUCAUCGAAUCAGGCUAUGUCCUUGGCAAUAUUACGAGUGAUACGAUUAGUUCGAGUAUUUCGAAUAUUUAAGUUAUCUAGGCAUUCGAAGGGUUUACAAAUAUUAGGACGAACUCUGAAAGCCUCAAUGCGGGAAUUAGGUUUACUUAUAUUUUUCUUAUUUAUAGGCGUCGUACUCUUCUCAUCGGCGGUUUAUUUUGCGGAAGCUGGAAGCGAAAAUUCCUUCUUCAAGUCCAUACCCGAUGCAUUUUGGUGGGCGGUCGUUACCAUGACCACCGUUGGAUAUGGUGACAUGACACCCGUCGGCGUUUGGGGCAAAAUUGUGGGAUCACUGUGUGCCAUUGCUGGCGUGCUGACCAUCGCACUGCCGGUGCCGGUCAUCGUCAGCAAUUUCAACUACUUCUAUCACCGCGAAACGGAUCAGGAGGAGAUGCAGAGCCAGAACUUUAAUCACGUUACUAGUUGUCCAUAUUUGCCAGGUACAUUAGUAGGUCAACACAUGAAGAAAUCAUCGUUGUCCGAGUCCUCAUCGGAUAUGAUGGAUUUGGACGAUGGUGUCGAGUCCACGCCGGGAUUGACAGACACACAUCCUGGACGCAGUGCGGUGGCUCCAUUUUUGGGAGCCCAGCAGCAGCAACAGCCGGUAGCGUCCUCAAUGUCGAUGUCGAUCGAUAAGCAGCUGCAGCAUCCACUGCAGCAGCUGACGCAGACGCAACUGUACCAGCAGCAGCAGCAACAGCAGAACGGCUUCAAGCAGCAGCAGCAACAGACGCAGCAGCAACAGUCCCACACAAUAAACGCAAGUGCAGCGGCGGCAACGAGCGGCAGCGGCAGCAGCGGCCUCACAAUGAGGCACAAUAAUGCCCUGGCCGUUAGUAUCGAGACCGACGUUUGACUACUGGUGCAAAAGACGUUGCGUGGUAUAAAUUUGGCCUUGACAGGAGUUACGUUGGAUGCCAGAAACGACUACAAAAGCUGUUUAUAUUUAAUUUAAGUAGAACAAAUAACAAAAACAAAUUUAAUCUAUUGCUAAACUAAAUUAAAUCUAAAUUAAAACUUAAAUUAAUUUAAUUUAAUUAAAUUAUACAUCUAAUGAUAAACAACAUAAAAAACAAAACUCAAGUCCCAACCAGAACAAACAAAAAGCAAGAUAAUGAAUGAGUAAGGGAGUAACAAUAAAUUCGAGUAGUAUGGCAUAAACCAAUAAAAUGAAAACAAUUGACAAAUAACAAUGAUUAGAAGAAGGGAGAUGAAAGCAACAGCAUAAACAUCGAAGAAGUGUUGGCAGGAUUUAAAUCAAAUUUUUAACAACCGAAGCUGAAUAACAACCCGAUCAAAUUGCAACUGCAAAGGGAAACUGUAAAUAGUGCAAGAAUCAUUAAGCUCACACGCCAUUAUUUUAGCAGGAAUAAUACAGAGGAAGUAAUGCUUUAAAAACUCCGGUCGGAAGGACGACUGAUGAAGCCAAGCACAGUGAAGCAAGUCCAUGCUGAGGGAUGUCCCUUUAAGAAGCUGAAAGAGAUAUACUCACAAAGCAGAUUUCCGAUUUGCACACUCAGUCACCGAAGAACACUCACACACAUUAAAAGAAAGUAUAGUAAAACUGCCGUAAUAUUUAACUAAGAACCGAAACCAACUUGUAUAGUCAUCAAGGAAAAACCGAGGAAACCCCGAGGCAAUAUCUGCUUUUAAAUGUGAGAGGAAAUACUAUCGUGUAACUAACUUAGACAGCUAACCAUCGGAAUAACUGAACUAACCAACUAGGCAUAUACACAAAAACACACAUAUAUGUGAUAGAUGUAUUAUGUGUAUUACCUAAACAACAUCGUUCGUAACACUACUCGAGACCCUUUGUUUUUUGAUUAAAGCUUAAGAGAAAUCUAUACCCUCCCACCUCUCGCCCACCCAACCCACUUCGAACCUCUCACCUAUGUAACUCGUAUAACUACUAACUAACUGAACCCAUAUCAGCUAUAUCUUCUGCUUCGAUCCCCCCGAAUUAAAACGAAAUAAAAAGUACAAAUAUUCAACUAAAGGCAAAAGCGAAACAACUAACGCACUCGUAAACAAUACGAAUGCUGCAGAUGCAGAUUCAGUGCUUAAAGGAAUUUAAGGAAAGGCGAAACGACUGCAAUAAAACUACAAGACCGAGAAUUAGUCAAAACAUCCAACGGAUUGCUCGAAUUCCCCACUCACAGAUCCGCUCAAUCACAAUAAAAUCGCAAACAAAACAAAAAAAAAGGUGGCGACAAGAGAUACAACAAAACAGAAAACGCUCUUAUGAUUUUUUUAAUAAAAGCAAACUAUAUACCACAAACAAAAAAGUAAAAAAGAACAACCGAAACCAAAACUAAAGGUAAAUGUUAAACUAAAAGAUGGGGCUCUCCAGCGAUGAUUUCUUCGACUGAAUUGCAGGGGUUGGUCGAUACCCUAUCCCCAACCACACAAGAAAAAACCCCACAAACCCUUUCACAGCAAAAAAAAACACAAGAAAUUGUUGACUGAACUAUGCGAAUUCAACUUUUGCAUUAAAUGUAUUAUAAUAGAGAAACAAACUCCACUAUAUAUAUAUGUAAUAUGAAGAUAUAUAUUUAUGUGUGUAUAAGUGUAUACCAAGCUGCAUAGAUAAAUAUAUUUAUCAUAUAUGUAUGUGUAUGUAGGAGACCUGUACAUAAGAAGGGUUGCUCUUGCCGAUGUAAAUUGAUGGAUAGCCAUGGCAACUAGAUACCGAUCAUAUUCAAGUGUAAAUUUUAAAAAGCUUCGAGAACCGUCCACACAAGCACACUUUCACACGCACUUACGUACAUUUAUAUAAUAUAUAGAUGGAUAGGGGGCGGGCCAGGGUCAGGGGUGGAGAGUUUGAGAGGGGGUCUUAGAGUCCGAGGCCAACAGAAAGAUCCGGAGGAGCAGAGCAGAGCAAAGUGCCUUAAGGAACAUUGUGCGCUGGCCGACUCGAUCCCCUCUUCCCCAGCCCCUGACCACGAGAGGCAGGCCCCCCUUCCACCCCCGCCCCUGCAGCCCCUUGCAAUUCAGUAGAACCAGCUGAAAAAGGCAAGCGAACAAUAAUGCAACGUUUCCAAGGUCCCACAGUGGAGGCCAGAUAUAAAGGGCCAAGCGACACGUGGACACUGUGUAAAUAAUCGCCACCCGAACCAGAGAAAGGAAAUAGGGUAUCCCCACUGUGGCUGCUAACUGCUGUAAAUACUCUCCAAUUAAAACUAAAUCUUGCAAAUGCUAUUUUGUACAAAAAAAAACAAACACCUAACCAUAAACUGGAUAAAAACUAAAGAAAUUAUAUAAUAAAUGAAUAAUAUAAAAUAACAUAAAAUAAAAGAAUAACACAUUCAAAUGUCAGUUCAUUGUACUGUACUUAGUCACUAUAUCCGUAAGAAUGCUAGGAUUUAUAAGAUGAAUAAGCAUUAGAGAAGAUGAAGAUAAUGGUCCAGACAAAGACGAUGAAACUUGCAAAACACCAAAAACGAACGAGGAUUGAGGAGAGGGAAAUGAAGCAUAACGAAAAGAAAACCGCCUACUUAAGAUUAGAUUUCAUGUUUUAGAUCGGUCAGAGGAAAUGAUUUUAGCUUCAUAGAUACAAGAUACCAGAUAGCAGAUAAACGAUUAAAGGUCAAAGAUACCAGAUACAUGAUAAAUGAAAAUGAAAAAUGAAUUCAGAUAGCAGAUACAAAGAGCCGAGUGUAAAGUAAGGUUGUUUUUUUUUCCUAGCCUUAAUCUAGACAAUUGAAUAAAUUUAGCAAACAUAACUGUAAAUGAGUCUAAGAAAUACCGAUGUAUAGCUGAAUUUAGACAUUUAUUUUAAUUUUAUUAUUACAAUUAUACGUUCAUAUUUUGUCCUACAUCUUAAGACUUUGAUUUAAUCACAAAAUAAGCCACUAUAAUUAAAGAACAACAAAAAAACAGAAAACAAGAAACCACAAAUAAAUCGGAGAAAACAGAAAUUGAAAGUCGUGUUAAUAUUUACCUAAAAAAGCUUAAAAACUGAAAUUAUAAAAACCAAAAAAAAAAUCAGAAAAAAAUUUGGAAUAAAUGUGUUCAGCAAAAGAAAUGUUAUUAUAUGUUUAAAUAAAUUACAAUUAAUUCGAAAUGAACAAAAAAUUUAAUGUAAUUAAAUUGAGCUAAGUACACAAGUAAAAUUUAAUACAAUUUCAAAUUGUACAUAAACACAGCAUAUACAUAUACAAAGGAAACAUGUAGCAUGUAGCAUAUACCCAGACAUAUGCAUAUGCUGCAACCGAAUUACAAGCUAGCUAUCCGCAGACUAAGCGCAGACUAAAAUACGAAAAACAAAAACCUUGAACAUACCAAAGAAACCAAAGAAAAACUAAGUACACAAGAUGAACAGUGAGAAGAUUAAGAAAACGGAACCCCAUGCUGAUCCAAUCCGAUCCGAACCCACAAUAAAGAAGCGAUAUCGAAGCAAAUAAAUUGAGAAAAGUGUUUUCGAACCGUUUUUUAUUUCGCACAGUUCCCUGUGCCCCAAUCCCCACAACCUUGUAAAUAAUAAUACUCGCUACUCUAUUCGACUUAUCCGUCUCAUUCCAUUCCGAUUCGCUCCGUUCCGUUCCAUAAAUGUACGUAUAUUUUUUUCUAUUUGUAUUUUGGCCAUAGAUCCGUAGUUAGUCGAGUCGAAAUGGAAUCGGAAUCGGAACCGUAUCCUUAUUUCGAUCUAGGAUCUAGUCUGAUGCAAAACCGCUAGUUCUGUAUUCUUAGUUCGUAUUGUAAUUGUAUUAGCUGGCGCUCAAAAAGAAACCAAAAAAAAAAAGGAAAAGAAAACCUAACGAAAAAUACUGAAUUGUAAAUAUUUGAUUUCGUUUCGUAACGUAUGUACGAGUAUCUUGUGUGAGCUCAACCUAAAUCUCGUCUUUGGCAUAUCAAUCACUCCCAGCUGCAGUUGAGUUAUCCAAUCAGUAAUCAGUCAAUCAGUCGAUCAAUGCUAACCGAUUAGAUACACCCACAUAUUAUACUAUAUACACACAUACACAUCCGCAAACAUGACUUAGGAGCUGAAAGCGCAUUUCAUUUGGUUUUCGUAUUACUUUCGUAUGCUUGAACUAUGCUCUACUCAACUCUACGCUCUACUCAACUCAACUCUAGUCUAGCCUACUUUAACCCAAAAGCGAAAUGCAUUAAAUGAAAACGAAAAUGAAAAAGAAAAUCUUAGCACGAUACUCUAGUGAAUGGAAACCCAGAAGAACAACAAGAUGAUGAAAAUUAUGAAGAAGCAAACAUAUCGUUGUAAAGCAAGAACUAAGUUAUGAAAACCACGUAUAACUCAAAAAGAAAAGUCUAACUUACGAAUGCAUAAUUAUUUUCGAAUAUAACACUAACACGCCACAACAAAACAUUUGACUUCUCCAGUUCAAUUCAAACCAAAUACAAUCUUUUCAAGUUUUCCAUUAAAUUUAAUUGCAAACCUAACAAAAACAAUUUUAAAACACAUACGUAAAAAAAUAUAUAUAAAAUAAUGAAAAACAUUUUGAUUGUACGGUCUAUGAUGAAACAAUAUACAUUUACCAUAUGCUAAAUACGAGUAAAUCAAAACAAAAACCAACAAAAGAAAAAAAAAAUAAAUGAAAUCUUUCAAAAUCUUCUCAAUGCUUCAAAAACAAACAAAAAGAAAGCAAAUUUCUAUUAAGGACAAAGACUGCAAAUAGAGAUUUAAAAAAGUACACUUAAAAACCAAAAACAAAAGCAAAACAUUUUAAUUAACUGAUUUUUAAUUCUAAUUUGGCCUUGAUUCAACUUACCAGGAUAUAAGUUUAGGUUUAGUUAGAAGUUCAAGACACAACAAAACACAACAUAACACAAUCGAACCGGACAGGACCGGACAGAACUGAAUCGAAUCGAACUUUCAAUUUGGAAAACUCCACCCGACCCAAGAAAUAGUGCAUCAGCAAUAGCAUAACAUUCAACUAAUAACAAUAACACAGAACCAAAGAACAUAAACCAGUCCUUAACAAGCAAGUCAAAGCAGAUGAUAAUGAUAA